UUAAGGUUAUAUUGUAUUCUUGUAUUGCAUGUGAUUCCUAAGCUGUUAUUUUGAUGAUUGCCUUAAACUCCCCCUUUGUGGUGUGAUCCACAUAUAUAUACAACUAUAUAUUAUUCUUUCCCCUGCAUUAUAUGACAGUACAACUAUAUAUGUAUUAAUAAUGUUGUUAUCGUGAUUAGAAAAUGUUUAAAUAUUAUGUGCAGUGCUGGACUUGUCUGGGGCAUCUCUUUCACAAAACUCAACCCACAUUGGUUGAGGCCACUGGAUUUGUUUGGCAUGCUUCCUCCCUACUUCCCUAACUAGCUAGUCUCUAUCUUUUUUCCUCAAACUCCAAAAAUGCAACAACAUUUGUUUUGAUUUCUGUGUGUAUGUAAAAAGAGAAUCUUAAAUUCUUCCUCAGCAGUCCUAAUAAUGCUAUUUAAUUCUUUCUUCUUUUAAUUAUUUUCUUUUAUUUCUAUCUUCGGGUCAGUAUAUACUGUGGAAUGUGAAGGCAAAGGUGGGUUGUUAGCUCUUCUUUCAAAAGAAAGAAAGCCUGGGUUUCAAGUUUUUUCAAGCUCCUCAAAAUUCUCCUCCUCCUCCUCUUUUGCCUUCUGUUCUCUUUUCUUCAUAAAAGUACUACGUUACAGGUAAUUAAAGAAGCUCAAUUCAGUCGUCUCUACUUGCUAUCUUACUUAUGUUGGUGCCUUAACCAGUUAUAGAUUUAGUCGACAUCAUAUUUUCUUGUUCUUUCUUUCUUGAUAAUCUAAGUUUCUUGAUAUGAGAUAUAUUAACUUAAUAUACAUGAAAGGGUUGCAUGUGUUAGUCUGGGGUACGAUCAACUUCUUUUAGUCAUUUUGGUGAUGAUACAUUUAAUUCUUGUAACGAUCUAUCUGAUUAUGCACUUUGUUUUAGACUCAAAAAUAUUUUAUCUAAUGACUAGCAAACCUCUUCCUUAAUUUCUUUCAUACACUAAAGGGAAUUAAAUAGUACAACUCAACAUGUAAGUUGCUCGCUUCUGCAACAGUUAUCUUGAUAUGCUUCUUCCUUAUAACCCAACAAUUGAAGAAACUUGCAGAAACUUCGAAGGAAAAAAAAAAGUAGUAGCAGUCGAGGAUAAGCACUGGCUUUAAUUGGCGGAGAUGCAUGUGCAUAUUGUUUUGGCGAAAAAUAUCUUGUAUUUUUCUUGAGAUUUAAAAGUGGGGAUAUACAUUAACUCAAAAUUCCGUCCGAUAUUGAGUGGAAUUAAAGAAACGUCCCUUCUUCUUCUUCUUAGAAUUUCUUCAGUUUCAAGCAAUCUAAAAUCCGAGGCAGCUUUGAAAAUGGAGAAGCUUCUCAAUCCCUACGAUAAGGAAUACAUGAAGAUGGCCAUGUUAAAACACGAGGAAAUCUUCAGAGAGCAGGUGUACGAACUUCAUCGUCUAUAUCAAACCCAGAAAUUACUGAUGAAAAACAUGUCAAGUAGCCGGCAACAAGUGAAAGAUCAAGUGGUCAACCAUCAUAAUAUUCUUGAUUCAAACAAGAAGACCCGUCAAUGUUUUGACUUGGAAAUAAGGCCAAAUGAUCAAGAGCAUAUUGCAGAAUCAGUUGGUCAAGAUAAUAAUAUUGAAGAUGAGACUGAACUCGAGUUAACUUUAGGCCUGUCAAGUUACAACCGCAGGAGAAAAACAGCUAAUUCUGAUUCUGCACCAAGUUUUUCUUCUUCUAAUUCCACGGGCUCUUCUAGCCAAAUUAUAAAGCCUUCAACUUCAGCAAGAAAUCCAAGAAAUGAUCUAAAUGGCCAUAAAUGGGGACUUGAGAAUUUUCCCGUCUCGAAUCCGAGUUUUCAGCUUGGUGCAAGACAAAGUAAUCCGAAUGUUGAAGAGCAAUUUAGACAAGAUUCAUUGAAUAAUCCUCCUUGGCUUUUUCAGGUUUUGAGUUUGAAUAUGACUUGAGAAAACAAAUACAAAAAAGUACAUUUGAUCUAUGAGCUGAUGAUCAGUUGGUGUGAUAAGAUUUUAGACUUCAUCAGACCGACUACUUCUGUGAUUUAAUUUGUGUGAAUCUUAGUAUAUUUUAUUUCACCUGCAGGAUCAAAUUUAUGUUAUGAUUGGUCCUAUUUGCUUCACUAACGGUAUUUUUGGGAUUUGAGAGCCACCCAAAGUAGCUUAGAUUUGAGUUCAUGGAUAUAUAAUUGACUAGUCGUCUGUACUUAACUCACAAAAUAUCUAUAUGGGAAUCUUAUGUGAUUGCCCUACGCCGCGAGAAUUGAGUCUGUAAUAUCACAUCAAUUCCCUGAAGCUUUCUUUGUUAGAUUAAACUUGAGGAUGGUUCAUUCCCUUUAUUU